AUGCUCUCUAAAAUUACCCCCCUCGCGUGGGGGAACCAGAACGGUUUUUGCGAGUACGAACAGUGGGAUGGCGGACAUCUGCAUUGGGGCUUACUGCUUAUACCCUCUGAGUCGGGAUACUCAGAAGGAGCUUUGGUGUUGCUGGCAGGAGCAGUGGUGUUGCUGGCAGGAGCAGUGGUGUUGCUGGCACGUGCUGUGGCGUUGCUGGCAGGAGCAGUGGUGUUGCUGGCACGAGCAGUGGUGUUGCUGAGAGGAGCUGUGGUGUUGCUGGCAGGAGCUGUGGUGUUGCUGGCAGGGGCUGUGCUGUUGCUGGCAGGAGCAGUGGUGUUGCUGGCACGAGCAGUGGUGUUGCUGGCAGGAGUUGUGGUGUUGCUGGCAGGAGCUGUGGUGUUGCUGGCAGGAGCUGUGGUGUUGCUGGCAGGAGCUGUGGUGUUGCUGGCAGGAGCUGUGGUGUUGCUGAGAGGAGCAGUGGUGUUGCUGGCAGGAGCUGUGGUGUUGCUGGCAGGAGCUGUGGUGUUGCUGGCAGGAGCUGUGGUGUUGCUGGCAGGAGCUGUGGUGUUGCUGAGAGGAGCUGUGGUGUUGCUGAAAGGAGCUGUGGUGUUGCUGGCAGGAGCUGUGGUGUUGCUGGCAGGAGCUGUGGUGUUGCUGGCAGGAGCUGUGGUGUUGCUGGCAGGAGCUGUGGUGUUGCUGGCAGGAGCUGUGGUGUUGCUGGCAGGAGCUGUGGUGUUGCUGGCAGGAGCUGUGGUGUUGCUGACAGGGGCUGUGCUGUUGCUGGCAGGAGCUGUGGUGUUGCUGACAGGGGCUGUGCUGUUGCUGGCAGGAGCUGUGGUGUUGCUGGCAGGAGCUGUGGUGUUGCUGGCAGGAGCUGUGGUGUUGCUGAGAGGAGCUGUGGUGUUGCUGGCAGGAGCUGUGGUGUUGCUGGCAGGAGCUGUGGUGUUGCUGGCAGGAGCUGUGGUGUUGCUGGCAGGAGCUGUGGUGUUGCUGGCAGGAGCUGUGGUGUUGCUGGCAGGAGCUGUGGUGUUGCUGACAGGGGCUGUGCUGUUGCUGGCAGGAGCAGUGCUGUUGCUGACAGGGGCUGUGCUGUUGCUGGCAGGAGCUGUGGUGUUGCUGGCAGGAGCUGUGGUGUUGCUGGCAUGA